AUUCAGGUUAUUUAAGGAUAUACGUUGAGGGUGUGUGUGUUGUGCACUUGGAGGUCACACGGAGUAGUGAUGUGGCGAAUUGUGUCUAUUCUUCUUCCAGCACUGGUCAGCUGCCAGGUGUGGACACAAGACCAGCUGGACAACUUCGCCCAGACUCUGCAGGUCAGAUGGAAGGUCAAGGACAAUAUAGAAUUCGACAACAAAUACUUCGCGGAAGUGACCUUGACAAACAACGGGUCAUAUACUCUGAGUAAAACCGGCCAAUGGAAUAUAUACUUCGACUGCAUCCAAAUGAUAGAACCCGAUGUCCUACCCCGACCAGAAGGGGUUGUCCUAGAGGGUCAAGGGGUCAAGGUCACCCAUUUGCAAGGUUCCCAUUUUCGACUGGAACCAACGGACGAGUUCCUUGACCUUCCGCUUAAUACAAGCAGGAAAAUAAAGUUUUAUGUGCAGUACUGGGAAGUUGCUAAAACAAGCAUUAUGCCGAACUGGUACCUGAUGGCACCGGGGUUAACGCCCAAUGUCAUAGAAAGCACUGUUGGGGAAGAUUUAUCUUUCGUUGAUGACUUCAUAAAACCCCAGCAGGUGAAACGAUACGGGGCGGACAAGUAUGCCCCCUUCACCCCCCAGGAGAGAUACAGACGGAACCACCUGACCGAUCCCGCCGACAACGGAGAAGUGAGGGUCAUCCCCAAGCCCCUGAAUAUGACGGUGGUCAAGGACCAGAGCUUGACCAUCGAUAACAGCACAUGGAGGGUGUAUGCUCUGGACGGCUUAUCUACCGAAGCCGAAUACUUCAAACAGAUGACUAAUAUUGACCUCGGUGGAGCAGACGUUGGAAAUGAUGUCAUACGCAUGCGCAUUGGCAACGUUGAUGUUCCCGAGGGAGGAAUUCCGAACAGCCCCGACGCGUACAGACUGACAGUAGAUGUCGGCAACCGAGUGAUUGAAAUCACGGGACAAGGAGCCUCGGGGGUGAUGUACGGAGCUCAGACCUUGCUCAGCCUCAUGUCUCAGAGGGGAAAUAUGAUUUACAAGAUGGACAUCACUGACUCGCCGAGAUACGCAUACAGGGGUCUCCAUUUGGAUGUUGGACGGAACUUCCAUCCUAAAUCGGAAGUGCUAAGGCUGCUGGGUAAUAUGGUCAUGUACAAACUGAACAAGCUCCACCUUCACCUGUCUGAAGACGAGGGAUGGAGAUUGGAGAUUCCAGGGUUGGAGGAACUAACAGAGAUAGGUUCCAGGAGAUGCUUCGAUCUCACAGAAAUGACGUGCCUUUAUCCACAACUUGGUUCUGGUCCAACAAAUUCCACUCCCGGUUCCGGGUUUUACACAACAGACGACUACAGGGAAAUUCUACGAGAAGCAAACAGACUGCACAUUCAAGUCAUACCGGAGUUUGACAUGCCGGGGCAUUCCCGCGCCGCUGUGAAAUCAAUGGAAGCAAGGUUUAAGAUUCUUCAAGGUCAAGGCCAGGAGGAGGAAGGCCGGAAGUACCUCUUGGUUGAAGAAGGAGACACCUCAAGUUACAUCACUGCGCAGAUGUUUACAGACAACUCAAUAAAUCCCUGUCUGGAAUCUACCUACACAUUCAUCGACCACGUAAUUCGAGAAGUGAUCAUCUUACAUCAAGAUAUUCAACCUCUGACUGUCUAUCACUACGGAGGUGAUGAGGUUGUAGAGGGGGCUUGGGUCAACUCCUCUGCCUGCAAGACCCUGCUUGGCUCGGACACAGUGUCCACGGGGCAGGUCAAGGAAUACUUCUUCACACGUUUGGCCAAUCUAACAGUGGCGAAGGGCCUAAAUUUGGCAGCUUGGGAGGACGGCCUCAUUCGGCAAGGAAAUGAGGUCUUUGACAGAAGCCUUGCGGAGAACGAAGACGUGUACAGCUACGCCUGGGACAACAUAUGGGAGUGGGGAACUGGAGGAAGGGCAUACGACAUGGCCAACAAGGGUUAUAAGGUCGUCAUGGCUCACGCCUCCCACCUCUUCCUGGACCAUCCCGACGAGCCCGACCCAGAAGAAAGAGGCUAUUAUUGGGCAACAAGAUACACUGACGCUAAGAAAACGUUCAGCUUUACUCCCGAAAAUCUCUACUCCUUGAUUGAAGUGAGGCGGUCAGGAGCCACACUCCCGAGGGAAGAUGCAUGUGGAGUAAACGACGAGAGUUGUCCCCCUUUACAGAGGCCAGAAAAUAUUGCCGGAAUCCAAGCUUGUUCAUGGACAGAAACUUCCAGAACACAAGAUCAGGUGGACUUAAGACUUUUCCCUCGACUGCUGUCAUUAGCUGAGCGAGCGUGGCACAAAGCACCAUGGGAAGACGAUAGCGGAACCGAGGCUGGCAAAGCAGCCAUGAAAGAAGACUGGGAGUCCUUCGCGAAACAGAUUGGUCGUUAUGAACUUCGACGUCUAGAAACUAACGGAAUUAAAUACCGACUUCCCCCUCCAGGAGCUGUGGAAGAGAAGGGGUUCCUCAAACUCACCACAACGUACCCAGGGCUGACUGUUCAGUACAGCAAGGAUGGCGGAAAUACCUGGUUUGUUGCCAACGGUAACGUCCUUGUCAAGCCUUCAGAGACUCUUCAGCUCCGGACAAGAUCCCUCAACCAGCAGCGGUUCAGCCGGGUUGUAACACUAAAUGGAAUAGAACCUUUGCCGCUGGUAGACCAGUCUGUCAUUGACUACAUGGCAGAGCAGGUCACCCUCAGUUACUCAGUCUUGGACAACUUCCAGGAUGGCACCAGCACGUAUCUUGCAGAAGUCACUCUGAAGAACACGGGUUCAGAAGACGUUGUCAAGGGCAACUGGGGCAUCUAUUACUGCAGCAUCUACAUGGUGCCUGAUGACCAGCCAGAACUGAAGCUCGAGCAGAUGACGAUUAAACAUGUUAAAGGAUGCCUGUUUAAGAUGGAACCAACAAUUGAUUUUAAGCCACUGAAGUCGAAUGAGGUGCGGAAAGUUAAGUUCCGGGUUCAGAACUGGUCCGUGUCCAAGACGGACAUGAUGCCAAACUGGUAUAUGUGGGCGGAAGGACUCAAGGCUCGCACUAUCGCCAGUACCAAGGGACCUGGGCUAGAGUUCGUGGGGGACUUUAGUACAGUCAACCAAUGGAAGCGGUAUGACACUCCUGAUCUGAAAGACAGAUACGACCCGUACACCCCAGAUGUAAGAUAUGGAAUGGUCCAGGACGUAACUGACAUGGGAUCAUCUCAGCAUCCCGUUAUUCCUACUCCAGUUACCAUGGUGAUUGAUGACAGCGUUGAGAUGAUGAUAUCAGCGAUUAAAACAAUUACAACUGACCCCUUGUUCCAAUCUGACGCCUACUACCUUAAAGACGAACUCUCCAAGGGAGGCCACUCUAACAUCAGUGUCAGCACCGCAGCGCCGCCACAACGUGGCUACAUCCAGCUACUUCAGAGAGACCCACAAGUCAUCAUCAACGGAAAAAUUACCUCAUCCCAAGAAGCAUACACUCUGACUGUCGAUCCGGUCAAUGAAGUCAUCCAGAUUUGGUCUAAUUCGCCUGAAGGAAUCUUCUAUGGUAUACAGACCCUGCUCAGCCUGGCUCUCAAGUACAGCUCUGACGGGAAGUUGUACAAGAGCACCAUUGAGGACGCUCCUCGGUUCUCAUACAGGGGGAUGCAUUUAGACGUGAGCAGGAACUUCCAUGGGAAGGAGUCGGUGAUGAAACUGCUGGACGCCAUGGCUAGGUACAAACUAAACAGGUUCCACUUUCACCUGACUGACGACGAAGGCUGGAGGGUGGAAAUUCCAGAACUGGAGGAGCUCACUCAGGUUGGAGGUAAAAGAUGCCAUGAUAUUGAUGAAGAGAAAUGCGUCAUCAGCCAACUCGGGUCAGGUCCAGAUGCUUCAACUUCCGGGUCAGGAUUCUACACAGUCGAGGACUAUAAAGAUAUUCUGCGAUACGCUAAGAGUCGCCAUAUUGAAGUAAUACCGGAAGUAGACUCUCCCGGACAUGCGCAUGCGGCUAUAUUCGCCAUGCAAGCUAGACGGCAGCGCCUUCUUGACAUCGGUGACCUUGAUAACGCCGACACGUACAGACUGGUCGACGUUGAUGACCCAUCGGAUUAUCUCUCCGUUCAAAUGUUUAAGGACAACGCCAUCAACCCGUGUAUUGAUUCAACUUACAGUUUUAUAAACAUAGUUGAUAUUUUUGUUGACUUUCACAAAGACAUCAGUCCCCUGAAAACCUUCCAUUUUGGAGGUGAUGAAGUUGCUAGAGGCGCGUGGAUGGAAUCGCCAGCUUGUCAGGCGCUGUUGAGAGCUAAUGUCAGUCUAAAGGAACACUUCACAAGGAAGGUCGCCAAUAUCACGAGUCUCCAGAACUUGAAUCUCGGAGGAUGGGAAGAUGGUCUCAUGGAGUCCGUGUUCGAACCCUUCAAUAAGGAACUCCUGGCUAAUGAGGACGUGCUGGCGUAUGCAUGGGACAACGUGUGGGAGUGGGGUGUUUCAACCCGAGCAUACAGACUGGCUAACGCUGGAUAUAAGGUAGUUCUGGCGCAUGCAACCCAUCUGUACUUUGACCACCCGUAUGAACCGGACCCAGAAGAGAGAGGGUUCUACUGGGCCACCCGUUUCACCGACACGUGGAAGACGUUUGGGUACAUGCCUGACACCGUGUACGAGAACGUGGACGUCCGGCGCAACGGUGACCCCAUGACGAAAGAGGAGCUGUGCGGCAAGGACGGUAGCCAGUGUACACCUCUUACAAAACCGGAAAACGUUGUUGGAAUGCAAGGUCACUUAUGGAGCGAGACAGUUCGGACACAGGACAACCUGUUUUACAUGGUAUUCCCGAGACUAAUUGCUCUAGCAGAAAGGGCGUGGCACAAGGCACCAUGGGAAGAUAUAAUGGAAGUGGAGACACGCAACAGUGAAAAACGAAAAGACUGGAUAAAGUUUGCAAAUUCAUUAGGAUACCAGGAGUUACCUGUCCUUGAUAAACUGAACAUCACAUACCGGGUGCCGCCCCCUGGUGCAAGAAAUAGUAACGUUCGACUAAGUCUCAAGUCGCCGUUCCCUGGCCUCGCUUUGGAAACAAGCACGGAUGGCGGAAACAGUUGGCAGACAGCGUCAGCGGAAAUAACGGCCAAGCAGGGAGAGACAGUCCUCGUGGCUCUCAAAUCGGCUGACGGAAAAAGACGUGGACGGGCGGUUACCGUCAGGGUACCCGGUAGUAACACGGUGACGGGUUCAGGCGCAGGCAGCAGACUACAAACCACAUCAAUAUCAUUGGUCGUGUAUAUACUUCAAUUGUUUUACAGACAUAUGGAGCUAUAGGUCACAAAAUGUGAAUAUUGUGUUGGGUGUCUAAAAUAUUCCACUCUCCUACCUAUCUACAAAGAAACAAACUACACUAAUAACUGUAAUCAUUUACAAGUUUUGAUGACAGAAAAUUAUAUAAAAUUCCAACCAAACCAGGCUUACGGAAUAAGAAUAGCUGGAAUUACAUUUCACUUUAAAUGGUUUGUGUGAGCUUUUAUGAAUCAGCUCCAGUUUAUGAGGGCGGUGGGUGUGGGGCCCAUUUCUGGUGUACCCUGCCGUGAUAAUUCUGGAUUAUUUCUAAAAGUGGCGUAAAACUAAACACUCACUCACUCCAGAUAAUGAAAUGCAUUCUUGUGCGCAUUACGCCGAAAACGCUUAAAUAUUCACUAGUCGAGAGCUUAGAAUGGCGUGUUUCCUCAAUACCAAGGUACAACUAACAUGCUGAUUUCGUCUCUUAGAAUAGUUACGUAAGCAUAUUGACUAUAUAUUUACCAUGAAUGGAGUGUCUUCGAAUAACAGAAACUUACAUGAGUAACAACGUACUGUAUAUACAAAAUAUUUUGUACGGAGUUUGAUGGCUGGAUUAUACAAUAAUUUGACAAUCCUUACAGAUAAUUUAAUAGUCAGAUUAGGGCAUUAUGUUUUGCUGACUGAAUGGUAUCUCUGUUCAAUACCCAAUGUCUAUUGUACUAUACAAUAUUGAUUUUUACGGCCUUUGUUGUUUAAGGCCACACUUAGCAACAUCAGUGGCAACAUAAAGCAUGCAAAGUUUGGUACGAUGCAAUUGAAAAUUGAAAGAAUUGUUAAGUUUGAUUACGUUUAUUUCACCACCUUUCAUUCCUCUAAGCCAGUAAAUACGGGGGCGGUGCACUAGCCUAGUGGUUAAAACGUUUGCUCGUCACACCGAAGACCCGGGUUCGAUUCCCAACAUGGGUACAAUGUGUCAAGCCCAUAUCUGGUAUCCCCCGCGGCGAUAUUGCUGGAGUAUUGCUAAAAGUGGCGUAAAAUUGGAGUCACCCAGCACAUGAACUAUAUGAGUUAUCUCCCUUGUGACACAUCCCGCGUGUGUCCCAAUUCGUCUGUUUUGCAAGGUGAGAGAGCUAAUAUCGUUUAGUCUUCGUGUCACUCACUCUAAAUGCUCUUGUUCUGUGCCUGGGUAGUUUCGUGUAAAUAUUCAUUCAUUGAAGACUGGGAUAAGAAAUGGAUUUGCAACCAUAUGCCCCUGCCUGUUCUAAAUGUAAUUCAUCCCGAAAUUUAAAAAAAUACAUGGAUAUUAAUGAAAUUUACCUGUCUGUUUUGAAUUUUCUAAUAAACGUUAUGGAUCACUAACUGUUUACUUGAAAAUCAAAAAUAUGAUUAUAUUUUUGCGUUGCAUUGUCAAAAACACUGUCCGUAUUACGGGUCAUACGUUAUAUACAUAAGGAUAGUAAGGUGGAUCAGAUCUUAUAAGUAUCUAACCGUCUAUAACAAGAGAUUAAGGCAGCAUCGAGUUUCUUUCUCUUGCACAUAUCCCGUACAUAAGAUGGUAUAUUCUGGUGGGUUUUUUUCACAUUUGUAAUAAAUAUUCAAAAGUG